GGGGGCGCGGCCGCCGCGGGGCGGCGGCGGCCGCGGCUGCCGCGGCCGCGGGGACGGCGCGAGGUUGGCCGCGAGGCGCCUCGGCGGGGCGUGGCGAUGGCUGGGGAGUCUCCGUCCGUCUUCGCGCAGCUCCUGCGGCCCGGGCAGCCGCGCGGCCAGGACCGGGGGACUCCGUCUUCGCGCCCCCGGCCCCGGGGCACUCGCAGCCGCCGCCCCUGCCACCCCCGGCGCCGCCGCUCCAAGCGCCAGCGCCGCCCCGGCAAGCCGACGCCCAGCCGCCGCCCGCGGACCUGCCGGUGGCGCUCCGGCAGGCGCUGGAGCGCCUGGGGCCCGAGGGCGGCGCGCACGACGCGGAGAAGAAGUCCUCCCUGCGCUCGCGCUUCGAGGAGGUCCUCAGGGAGGUGGACGAGCUGGAGUGCCAGCGCGACGCGCUCAAGGCCGACAACCGGAGGCUGCGCGACAAGGUCGCGGGCCUGACGGACGAGCGGAAGAAGCAGGACAGCGAGAUCGAGGAGAGCUGCGCAGGGAGCGGAAGCGGCACGGCGAGGCGGAGGAGCGGCUGAAGGGCCUGCUCGAGGAGGACGGAAGAGAGCGCUGCGGGAGAAGCACGAGGCGCUCAGCGCACUGCAGGAGAGGAGAAGCGGCAGGCCCUCGCCUCCGCCGCCAGCGCCCUCAGUGCCUCGCAGCGCCCGGCGCCGCCGGGGCCCCCGCCCCAGGCGCCGGCGGCGCAGGCGCCGGCGCCGAGGCCGGCGGGUGCCUCUCCAGCCCGCAAGCGAAGCUCAAGCUCGUCGUCUUCCCGCCGCAGGGGCGCCUCCCGCAGCCGCCGCUCGCGCAGCAGCAGCAGCCGCCGCGGCGGGCGCGGGGGCCGCGCGGCGCGGAGCCGCACAG